AUGGACACAUUACAAUCUCCGGCUCGCCCAAAGCCUUUGCCAGGAUGGCCCAAACUACGAGACAGUUGUAACCGGUGUGCUGCCUCCAAGCUCAAAUGUAGCAAAGAGAAGCCAACAUGCGCCCGUUGUGCGAAACGUGGCAUGGUUUGCGAGUACUUCAUGACCAAACGCGCAGGUCGCAAGAAGUUCUCUGGCAGCCAGCCGCAGAAUCAAGCUCCUCCAUCUCCAAUGAUCCAGCAUUUACCUGCGACGGCUCCCAGCUGGACAACCCUCCCAAUUUCCACCGCCCAGAUAACUCAACUGUCCCCCGGUACUCCGAGUAUGGGAUACCAAAACAUGUUUUCAGGAACUUCAUGCGUUGCAGAUCCGACGGUAUUAACUCCCACCACUUUGGAUUCCAACAUGUCAUCCAAUGAGUUUUUGGCAUCCCCUAUCUCAUUAUCCAUGCUGGAUAUGCCCGAUACGGGUGAUUUCACCGACUUCUGCCAAUUCAACGAUCAGAACAACAUGGGCGAUUUGAUUGAUAUCGGUAGGACCGCAACUUCUCAUGCCGCAAAUAAUGCCUCCCUACCCAUGAAGGCUACCGCGGUUCCAGAAGUUCAACUAUCCUUCCCAUCAAUGCAAGAACUCCCGGACGAUCAGUCAUCUCUUGUUGAUGGGCUCAACUCGAGUCUGAUGCACAACUUCGUCGGGGCCUUUGGCCUUCUAAAACAACUGCCCUCACCAUCGCCACCAUCUUUCCAUACUUCCAAUGGACAGAGCCUUGGCAACCAUCCUGAACUCGACCGGCUGAAUACCGUCCAAUCAAUAAUCACCGGAAACGAGCAGGCUAUCCAAGCUAUUAGCGAAAUGCUAGAAUGCAAGAGUUCCGAGGACAAUUAUCUUCUGGCUAUUCUGUCUAUCGUUACUUUGAAGGUCCUGGCAUCGUAUGCUACCGUGGUACGGCAGAUGCCGGUCUUUGACGGUACCGACGAGUGCUGGGACACUUCUGAUCAUGAGAAACUGCAACAUCUCGAGGAGGCUGUACAAGGCUUUCCCACUGCGCUGAUAGAUAACCACUUUACCGACAACGAAGAUCAAUGUCGGAUGACUAUCCAACAGAUUCUUAGCCAGCUCCACCGUGUGCAGCGGUUGGUAAACGCCCUGUCACAACGCUUCAAAACCGAUGGAGAACGCGCAGAAGCUCCGGAUACGUCGUCUUCAUCCUCCGCCUCCUCCUCCUCCUCCUCCACCACUGACGCCACCGACGUUCCUAACUUAUUCAAAUGUAUAGAGACUAUGUUCCCGUUUCCCAGUCCCGUGUUGAAGCAGCUGGAGGUUGACCUGCGCGAGCGACUGCGCAAAUUAUCCGCAGAGAUUGUGGAUGUCCUUCGCUAA